AUGAGUUACCCACCGCCAUACGAUAACGGGCAAUAUCCUCCUCCGCAGUAUCCCUCGCAGUACUUGCACCAGAUUCCUCAGAAUGCCGCGUUUACUCGAUCUCCUGUAGCAGUUUCCCAGUCGCAGCCUCAAUACAAUGUGGGAAAUAAUGUGCAAUACAUGAAUUAUACGAACUCUUUUGGUUAUUCGCCAGCUUCAAUACCAUCCUCUUAUCCUCAGAGAUAUGGUCAACCUUCGCCCUCGCAAAAUCUGGCACUCCAGCGAGGGUUGGCACCUCCUCAAUCGCCUCAACAGCAGCAACAACAGCAAUUCCUAUAUCAGCAGCAGCAGCAACGGCAGCAACAAUAUAAUUCGUCGGUGAUCCAACAGCAUCAACAUUUGCAGCAACAUCUAUCGCAGUCUUCGCCGCAGCCUCCACCGCAACCAUCACCGCAGCAGAAUAUACACUUACAACGACAGCAAUAUGGUUCUUCAGUAGUUCAGCAGCACUUUAGCUCGCCAAUUGUCCAGCAACAUCAACUCCAAUCCAUAUCACAACCCUCUCCACAGCCUGUAUCUCAACCAUCGCCGCAGUUGAAUCAACAUGCGCAACGGCAACAGCAGUAUGUCUCUCCAACUAUACAACAACAUCAACUCCAAUCUCUACAUCCUUCACCGCAGCCUCGAUCUCAACCGUCACCACAGCCUGUCCAACUCCCACAACGGCAGCAGCAAUACAGUUCUCCAACAAUACAACUGCAGCAGCAACUGCAGCAGCAACAGAACCAACAUAUAUCGCAGCCCCUACCGCAGCCAUCACCUCAGCCAAAUCAGAUUCAACGCUUACCGCAACCUUCUCCACGACCCCCGAUUCAACCUUCACCUCAGCCUGUAGUUCUGCCCUCGCCAAAGCAAACUCAGCAGCCACAACUACCACCACGGCAACAGCAACAACAACCGCAACUCGGUUCACCGGUGGUUCAACAGCAUCAAAAUAUACAGCAAAAAAAACCACAGCCUCCACCAAAACCCCCGCCUCAACCUUCUCCGCAACAGCAUCAAAACAACUUGCACUCCAUACAGCCAUCACCAACGCAGCCUGCUCUUCAAGAUCCUCCUAUACUGUUUGUGAACCCGAGUGAUACAUUCACAGAACCAAUACGACCAACAUUUUCUUUUGAUGUGGUGGCCAGUGCUGGCUCUCCGUCAAACAAUCAGAUUGAACCGUCUUUCACAGCGCCUGGUGCCCCGCAGCAAAGCACUUUGCCUGCUGUCACAGCUCCCGCCACAACAGUAUCCCAACCUGCUUCAUCAAUCCAAUCUACCCCCAUUCGAGUAGAAAUCAAGCAGGAGCCACACAAACCUAGUCCGCUGCCAUCAUCAAUACCUCCUUCAAACGAGAUCACAAUGACCCCAUCUCGUCCGUCUAACCAAAGUCGAAAGUCAUCAGGGCAAUCGGCAUCUCCCUUGGUCAGGACACCACAAGUUGUCAUUCCAUCGCUGGCAGAUAUUCAAAGGGUAUCCACCAAGACUCCUGUCAAAAUAUCCGCCAAAACACCAGCGAUAGCACCUCACAAGGUGCAGAAACCUCAGAAAUCUGCUCCCGCCGAUUGUGAUGUAGAGUAUCAAACUCUACUUUUAGCCCUGGCAGACGAAUAUUUGAAUGCAGCCCAUAGCAAGGGAACAGUUAUUGCUCUCUCAAACAACGAGUUGGAUCUAAAGGAAUAUUACAAGCUAGUAGCCACUGGGUUAGGGUGUUUGCAAGCCGCACAAACGAACUUUCGAAUGCCACCUCUCACAGAGGCUUUGACACGAUUGCGCUACGCGCGCAUACUCAUUGAGGAAACUGAUAACGAUAUAUUGGCGGAGACGGCAUUGAGUAAAGGGAUUGAAAUAUGCGAACGGAACAAGCUCUUAGAUCUUAAGUAUACAAUGCAGCAGCUUUUGGCUCGCAUGCUUCAUAAAUCCAAUCCCAAGGCGGCAGCGAAGGCUGUUGACAAGAUGAUUGAAGAUGUUGAAACGUAUAAACAUACCCCUUGGGAAUAUGCGUUUCGCCUACUCAGAAUCAGCCUUGCGCUAGCGUCUUCGUCUCAUCAAGACUUCGUCAUCGCUAUUCAUAAUUUGCAGAAACUGACAAACCUGGCUACUCGCAAUGGCGAUAAGCUUGUAGUUGUUGUCGCUGCAUUGAUCGAGGCUGUCGCACAUUUGCAACAGUCCACAAGUCCCGAUUCCGUUGAACAAGCCCAACAUGCAGUGGCGGUAGCGCGGAGUCACCAACUGGACCCCCGUGUGCAGGAAAUACCUCAAAUCGGCUCGAUGCUACAGAUGGUCGAUAUAUCAUGCAGCUUGCUUGAAUAUGAUUUGAAUCAAGCAUCACAGAAGCUGCAGAUAAUGCAAAGCAUGAUGGAUCAGCGCAUCAACGACGCCCGAUGGCGAGAGGAUGGUUCAUUUUUGGUGCCGUUGAAUACACAAACGCCCCCAAAGCCGACUGAGAUAGGUGACAUUCUGCGCGUUGAGAAUGGAAAGUUAUGCUUGACAUUGCAUUGGCUUCCACAGCAUGACUUGUACGCCCUCUGCUAUUUUUUGAGCUCGAUGACCUUAGGUGCCAAGAAUUCACACGAUGGUCGCAAGGCUGAGAAGUAUUUGCAAGAGGGCUUGCGUAUGGUUCGUGGAAACUUCAAAGCGCCUGAAGAAGUCAAAGAGUCCGUCGUGGCUGCUAGUAAACGCCUCGAAUGGCGACGAAUUCUUUACUGCAACAUACUAGUACAUCUCACAUUCUUGGCUUGCGCAAGAACCGACUGGGAAAGUGCCAGUCAAUCAUUGAAGGAGCUCCGCAGCUCGUCUGAGGAACUAGGCAGUGCACUUCCAGAAUCAAUUUCCUCUCUCAUGGCGUAUGCUACAGGCGUCAUUGCCCAAGGCAAUGGUGAUCUCGUAGCGGCAUUAGCCGCAUACGAUUCACCUCUUCUCUCACUCUCAUCAUCGACAAAUCGAACAAUGCGCAAUGACCCUCGCCGCGACACAGCGAUUCUUGCAGGCCUCAACACAAUCCUCAUUCUCCGCGAACCCUCACAUCCAUCCCACUCCCGCCUCGAACAGGUCCUAGCCCUUGUCGAACCGCAAUGCCUCGGCAGUUCCAACAAAUACAUCCAAGCCGCCUACUACCUCGUCUGUGCCACAGUCCACAACGAAUCUACAAUCCAAACAAAGCAAUACCUCCAACAGGCCCUCCAGUCCGCCACGGGUAUCAACAACAGCCAAAUCACCUGCAUGACGCUCACAUUCAUGAGCUGGAAAUACUUCCGUGGCGUGGUAGGCGAGCAAUCGGAAAAGAGUGCGCGCGCAGGUCGCGCAAUGGCCAAGAAGGCUAAUGAUCGACUCUGGGUCAGUGUUACAGAUCAGAUGUUGGCGGAGACUUUGGAUAGACAGGGUAAAGCGGAUGAAGCGCGUGGUGUAAGGGAAGAGGCUGAUCGGUUGUUGAUGGGAUUACCAGCGCCAUUGAAACGGACAGAGUAUUUGUGA